AUGGUCUACACGCCGCCAUUGGGUCAAUUCUCGCAGGAGAUGUUGGCGUUGGACAUUCCAAUUGUAAUUCCUCUUGAUCGCGCGAUUAUUCCCAGCGCAUCGUUCGAUUCAUGGGGAUCUACCACUACACACCAAUUGAUAGUUAAGGCGACUGUCGGGAGCUCUGCGGCCACGGAAAUGAGCUUCGUUCAGACGUUUGCCGUGCCCAUCAAAACGUAUGAUACGCUACCGCUUUAUCGGCAAUACAACGAGCCUAUUAGAGAUGUACAAUACUCUCCAGAUAACCAGGUCCAGACAGAAAUCGUGCUUCCAGUAUCUGCUGUAGGCCCUCAGGAUCAAAUCAGCUUGGGGUUGCGUAUCGCAGCCAACUGUCUACAUCGUACUAUCAGCAAAAAUCUCCAGCUCAGGCUGGUGACAGUUCAGCUCAAAGAAGUAUUGGAAUGCUUCGAUGGCGGCUUGCCUGCGCGGAAAGAAAACAAGCUCUGCUCUGCUACUCAAGAAUUUAUGACGGCGCUCACCACUGAAGGUAUCAACUGCAAUUUUCAGAUGACGUUUCCUUACUUUAACGACUUACUUGAUCUAUACUCCAGCGGGAAUAGACCAGUUGUGGGAGGGGAAGUGAAACAGACCAUUGCGACCUUCAAUAAGAACAGCAAUUUUUCCAAACUUGCAGAUGGCGUGCCGCUUACCCAUGUGAGAGGAUUCACGCUUGUCGGAAAGCUCUAUGGCCUACGAUACGAGCUCGUGAUUAAAAUCAAGAUCGGCCACGGAAAAGACUUCGAACAUAUGCUCCCAAUAACAGUGUCGCCCUUCGAUAGGGCCAGCAGCGCAUACCUCAUUGACUGGAUCAAGACGGAGUGCCUGAAUGCACGGGAGCAGUUUGGGAAACAAACCGUCGCUAAGUUUGCAAGCGCCCACUCGUGGGAUGCGGUGUAUCGUGAUUUGAAGAGAACACUUCCACCGCCCAUUGUAUUUAUGAACACUAGAGCCGAUUGGGUUAGGUUGGGCUAUAAUCCAGAAGCGUUUGGUCGCAGCGCCGGUGAAAAAACUCUUUCGGACUAUAUCGAUUAG